AUUAUUAGGGAGUAUUUGUAAAUGACCAAAAUCCUAAUUCCUUCCGUUAUUGUAGCAACAUGGCCCGUUCAAAGCGGAGGUCCAUUUUCACUUUCACCCCCAAAAUAUUUGGAUAAACCCCCCCACCCACUUUCACCUGCGCCGAUAUUCCCUCCCCCCACGACCCUAUUAGUUUUCUCUCUCUCUCGUCAUCUCCCGAGAUAAUUGCGGCCAAUUCCCAGAAAUUAAGCCGGCAUUUCCCGGCGCAAUUGAAGGAUCUAUCACAACAAAUGGUUGGUGACGCAGCACAAAAUCCCGCCUCCUCCUCCUCCUCCUCAAUCCGCGGCGGCGAGCAAACCUCCUGCUCUUCCGCGAUCCGGCCCAGGGGAUCCAGAGUCUGCGCCGCAUGCAGCCACCAGCGGCGGCGGUGCCCUCCCGACUGCCCCCUCGCCCCGUAUUUUCCGGCGUGCAAGCGCGGAGAGUUCCUCAAUGCGCACAGGCUGUUCGGCAUUAAGAACCUCACCAGAUCUCUCGCCAGCAUCGAGGAGGAGUACAGAGACGAUUUCAUGGUGUCGAUCAUCUACGAAGCCAACGCCCGCGCCGCCGAUCCCGCCGGCGGCUGCCAGAGCACGAUCAAGUCUCUCUACGACCAGUUGCGGUGCAGUCUCGCCGAAUUGCGAUUCGUGAACCAGCAACUCGCGUUUCACCGCUCCAGGCACCAUGAGAUGCAAUUGGCGGCGGCCAUGGCGGAUUUUGGACCGCCGUUGCAGCCGGCCAGAAGGUAUGACGGGCCUCUUCCGGGUCGGGUUUCAAUUGGCCCUCGAGACUUUAGUGAAGCCCAAUCGUUAGUUAUUAGUCGAGGAUUCGCUUGUACAGAUUCAGGGGCAGCAGUCCCGUUUUGCUCUGAUGGGUCACUCAAAUCGAGGUCUGUUAAAUUCUGAAACUCUUCAAUUGUUUAUUUCAGUGAAUUAAAACAGUUUAGGGUUUACACUUUGCAUGUUAAGUGAAUUGUUUAGGUUUUUUCCCCUGCAAAAUUAAAUUACAUUUGUAUUAUUCAAUUCUCACUGAUAAACAAAACCCAUAUAACCCAUUCUGGGUCGGUGUCAAGAUGUAAGUAAACCUUAACUCUAUUA